UGGUCACCGGGGUGUUGGUGGUAGUGCUGAGGGGCCCCUCACUGCCCCAUCAUGGUAUUUACUCUCACUGUCCUUUUCCUCGGCUGCUGGCUGGCCCUGUGGAGCGAGGUGUCCGGAAAGCUCCCUGUGCCCAGACCCUCCAUCUCUGUCAGCCCCAGCGGGGUGAUCGUCCUGGGGGCAGCUGUCAUCAUCUGCUGUCAGUGUCAGUGUGAGGCCAGGAAGUUAUUUCUUUAUAAAGAUGGAAUCCAAAUCAAGGAGCUGGAUGCUGGGGCCAGGGAUGAAUUCACCAUCCCCAGUGCCAGACAUGGAGACGAAGGGUUCUACAGCUGCAGAUCUCACUCCAGCUCGGAGCUGCCUACAGAUCCCCAUGAUUACAUAUGGAUAGUUGUAGCAGAGCUCAGCUACCCCAAACCCUCCAUCUCCCUGAGCCCCCGUGGGGAAGUGGCCCUGGGGGGAACUGUGAUCGUCCGGUGUGCGUGUCAAUGCCAGAAUGCGACGGUCCUUAUGUAUAAACUUGGAUACCCGGAUGUAUGGCGCUGGGCAGAGACUGCUGGGGGUGUGGCUGAGUUUACCAUCGACAACGUGAGCUGGAGAGACAUAGGGAGCUACAGCUGCCAAUAUGGCACCAAAUCGGACCCUCUCAUCUGGUCGCAUCCCAGCGACCCCGUGGAGCUGAUGGUAGCAGGGAGAACUGACCCAACUCAGCCACGAACGAUAUCGGUUCCACCCCACCCAGGCAGCACGGGGCCAGGUGGAUCAGAAAUAAGUGCAGCAUCAGUUCUGACCGGCCCCAUCAUCGCCGGGGUGAGCGCAGCAGCCGCCGGCCUCCUCCUCCUCCUGAGUGUCCUCUGCCACAGAAGAAGCUAGGGAAGGAAAGGACCAGCACUGAGAGAGAGCAGGUGAGACCCGCCUCUGUUACCCCCAAUCUACCUGUCCCGGGACACAGGACUCGUGGUUCUCUCCCCGGCUCGGGGA